AUGGAAUCUUCAAGCGGAUCUACUGUUCCUAGAUUCAAGAAAAGAAAAGAAGUUAUAGAUAAGCGAGAAAGAGCUAUAUUCAAUACACUUGCUAAAAUUGAUCGUUCAAAAGAAGUCGACCUUUGUUACGUUUUAGAUUGUACAGGUUCUAUGAAAAGUCAUAUCGCUGCUGCCAAACAGUGCAUUUUACAGGUGACUGAACAUAUUAAGAAUACAAACCCGUGCAUUAAAAUUCGUAUCGGUUUUUGUGGCUAUCGAGAUCAUUGUGAUAACUCUCGUAUACAAAUUUUUGACUUUACAAAUUCUUAUGAGAAAUUUCAACAAAAUUUGGCUACAUUAAAAGCCAGUGGUGGUGGUGAUCCACCAGAGGAUGUUCUCGGAGGUCUUAAUGCUUCUAUAACUCAAUUAUCUUGGAAUAAUGGUACUAGAGUUCUCUUUCAUGUUGGUGACAGUCCACCACAUGGUCGUCGUUUUAAUGACUUAGAUGAUAAUUAUCCAAAUGGUGAUCCAUACGGUUUAACUGCUGAAAGUGUAUUAGAAAAAAUGCGUUCUGAAAGAAUUCUCUACUUUUUUGGAAAAGUUACUGAAUAUACUAAUGAAAUGAUUAAAGUAUUUCAUAGUAUAAUUGGUGAUUUUCCUGUAUUUGAUCUUGAUGGAGGUGAUCCAAUUCAAUUAAUUAAUAAAUUUAUCAAGGCUACCACUUCUUCAAUUAUAACUUCGGUUUCAUUAACCAGCACAAUUGGAUGUAGAUCUAGUAACCUAUAUCCUUCUCGUCAAAAAAUUAUUAUAAACCCUAAUGUACCUAAUUGGAUUUCUCUUCCUUUACAAACCGGUGAAACUUUAAGUUAUCAUAUUCCUAAUUCUCUAGAUGAACUUAAAGAUCAAAAGUUCUUUAACAAAGAGAAACUCUUUUCGAGAAAAUUUUCUUUCAAGAUUGCUUCUCAACCAUUUUCUUCUGGUAGUGAAAAAUGCGCUUAUUUUGCUAUUAGUGCUAAUAAUGGUCCACCAGAAACAAUGGUAAUGAAAAAAUAUAUUCAAAAUACUUCAACUGAUAUUUUUAAAAAAUAUCUUGAAGCUAUAGAAGUUUCUGCUGUAACAAAUUAUCUUUCAAAAAGAUUUAAUUUAAUUGCAAAAAGAAAAAAGAUUUCUCCUAUAAAUUUCCUUCGCGCAAAUCUUGUGCGUGUUAUUAUUGAUAGUAGAAUUCAUUAUUAUAUUUCAGAAAAAGAACUUCGUGAUGUAGAAUUUAAACGUUUCAAUACAAAUAGUGGAAUAAUUACUUUAUCUCGUCCUACUCUUGAGGCUUUUGCUCAUUUUACUUAUGAACAUACAAAAGGUUAUUUAGUAGUUUGUGAUCUUCAAGGAGUUGAACUUGAUGAUAAUUUCUUAUUAACUGAUCCAGCAAUACAUUGUGUUGAUUAUUCAAGAUUUGGUCAUACGAAUUUAGGGCGUAAAGGUAUUGAAAUGUGUUUUUUAGCAAAUCAUACAUGUAAUGAAGUUUGUAAAAAGUUGGGUUUAGAGCUUAGACAAAAAUAG